AGGAAUUGGCCAUCGCAAACAGCAGCAAAUAGAAUUAUUGGAAGCGUUUGUUUUCGUCAAACCAAAAUACAACUAAAUUUUGGGGUCUCACCAAUGGCCACAUGUUGCACACAAUUCAAAACUACUUCAAAAUACAGGGGUGAAGCGCGCGGUCACUAUCAGCAAUACGCGCGACCCUUUAUUAUAGUUAAAAUUAUCACCACCCACGACGUUUGCACCACUUCUCUAUUCUCUUUUCCCAAGUUUUAAAAUAGUUACAGAUAUGUCCGACACAGAGUCUAACACGGAAUUCCAUGGUCACGGUCGUAGUGAGCUGGAUGAAUUCCGUGAUAGUUGGCAACGGGAGCUCCAAGCACAAGCAACAUCGGCUAAUGCCAGCGAGGCAGAUCAUCUUCAAGCCAAGGCAGAGAUCCUGUACCGAACGGCUGUAAAAUUAGAGCAGAUGGGGAAGGUUUACGACGCGUUACCCUUCUAUCGCAAGGCCACACAGAUUGUACCUGAUAUAGAAUUCAAAUUCUAUGAGCAGCAAAAAUUGACUAACAAUGAUGCCACUAAAAAAUUUCAAAAUCUUGCCAAUGAUUUUGCCAAGCAGCUAGAUUUGGGAACUUCAGAUUUCGAGCAACGUGACGAUGCGAUAAUAAUUGAUCUUUACGAGAAAUUUCAGCGAGAUCUGAGUCAGGAUGAAGCCUAUGCAGGCAAGCUUGUGAUGAGCAGUCGCGAUUCUAAUGUUUUGACAACAGGACUGCACAUUUCCAAUUUGCCUCCAGAGAUUAUAAUUCGUAUAUUUCGUUGGGUGGUAUCAGCUCAACUGGAUAUGCGCUCCUUGGAACAGUGUGCUGCAGUAUCCAAAGGUUUUUAUGUAUACGCCCGCAGCGAGGAGCUUUGGCGCUUGGCUUGUGUCAAAGUCUGGGGCCAAAACGUUGGGACAUUGGAAGCACAAGACAUUCAAAGUUCCAGCGUAUAUUCUUCCUGGCGCGAUAUGUUCAUCCGCAGGGAACGCGUACACUUCAGCGGCUGCUACAUUAGCAAGACAACUUAUCUACGCAUGGGUGAGAAUAGCUUUCAGGACCAGUUCUAUAGGCCGGUACAGCUUGUGGAAUACUAUCGUUAUAUACGAUUUAUGCCAGAUGGAAAGGUCCUAAUGAUGACCAGCGCUGAUGAACCAGCCCAAGGUGUCAAUAAACUAAAGCAGCCGCAUAACACACGCCCCGAUGUUCUGCACGGGCGUUAUCGCCUAUUUGGAAAUACAGUAACACUUGUUCUACAAAAAAAUCAAGCUAGGCAGCAGACACAGGGUUACAUGCGACAACGUCGUGGCAGUAUUAUGCCAGUCGAUGAGGAUGCCAACAAUGCCACACAUUUCCUUAUAGAGCUACGCAUAACGAACACACCAAAAAGACCAUGCGCCCAGCUUGUUUGGUCGCACUAUACCCUAGUGCAGAAGCGAAAUAAAGUCGAUAUUAAUUCCGAUUUUGAUUUGACGGAUGCCAAGUAUCCGCCAUUAUGGUUUUCACCCGUAAGAAGUUAUCACCUGGAUGCUGAUGCCCCAUUAGCCUGAGCAUUUUUUCCCAAGAUUGGAAAUAAAACAAAUUGUUUAGCGUUUCACUAGAUUGAAAACUGAUUUAGUAUAA